AUGUAAUAAAAAAGGUAUGAUUCUGUUCGUAAGAAUAAAUUGUAAGUCCAUUAAUCAUAGCCACUACAAUUAUAGUACUCUUCAUAGCCUAAAUAAGUGCCUAAUAAAUUUCAAAUUGCGUAGAUUGGAAAGGAUAUUGCACCUACGAUUAUCCCUGCAUUUAUAGAUAUGAUAAAUCAAGAAACUGAUGUAUACUAUCUAUUUGACUCAUUUCACUCCAUCUUAAAUUCACUUAAAUAAGCAGAAGAAGAUACUAAUAUUACAUAAAAGAAUAAAUAACACACACUAGAUUGGUGGAAAGUUACAGGAUCAAGUUAAAGUUGGACAGGUGUAAGAAAUAUACAACCACUUUCAGAAUCUCAUAUAAAGCAAUCAUCCCGUUUUCUUGAUAGUUAUAAUAGCAGAGGCUCGGCUAUUAUUGAAAAUCUUAAACGUUAAAUAGGAGAGUUGACAGAAGAACAAAAGUUUAAACAAAAUUCUCGUACAAUUGGCUAGGUUGCGAUCAAACUGUUUGAUGAAUAGGAACUCUAUGUUGAAAUGUCUAAGUAAGGGAAAACUUUGAUUACAAUUUAUCAAGUGUAAAAUAAAUUUCAUAAAUGUCAUAUGGGUUUUUGCUUAUACACUGUUUUAGGAGAAUUGCAAGAAAAAGAAAGCAUAAUCAACAAAAUGUAUGUAGCUAAGUGGCACAGAAAAAAUGGGAACUUUUUAAAUCUUGUUACAGAAUUUAUUUAAUAUAUCAUCAAAAAUGAAGCUGUGAGCAGAAUAAAAAUAAAAAUAAAUUCAACAUAAGGAUAACUUAUUAGACACCUACAAUAAUUAAACUUUAAGUUAUCAUCUACUGUACCAUUAAUCACUUAAAUAAAAGUACUAACAUUUGUACUACUUACUAAAGAAUUUAAAAUUUGA